AGGUGUCGCUGUAAUCGUCGUGAUACUCACAAAAUUUUGCUUAACGAUCGAGGUUAUGUGCUUGUUAUUCUGACUGGCAGUUUUUGUUCGCUGCAAUAAAGAAGAUUUCGCGACAGAAGUGUUUUAGUUAUUGUUAAAAACGCGAUGAAUAUAACGUCGGCAGCGGGGAUUAUAUCCCUUUUGGAUGAGCCCAGGCCUGAGCUGAAAGUGUUCGCUUUAAGGAAACUCGAUUCCAUUGUCGACGAGUUUUGGCCGGAGAUAUCGGAUGCCAUCGAGAAGAUAGAAAUUUUACACGAAGAUAAGGUGUUCCAGCAGCACGAACUUGCAGCCCUCGUCGCGAGUAAAGUGUAUUAUCAUUUGGGUUCUUUUGAGGAUUCACUGACCUAUGCACUGGGUGCUGGUAGUCUCUUCGACGUCAAUUCCAGAUCAGAAUAUGUGGAGACCAUCAUUUCAAAAUGUAUUGAUUUCUACACACAGCAACGCACUGGUAUGGUGGAUGGGAGCACUACUGCCAAACCCAUAGAUGCCAGAUUGGAAUCCAUUGUAAAUCGUAUGUUUAUGCGCUGUUUGGAAGAUGGCCAGUAUCGUCAAGCUGUUGGUCUGGCUCUGGAGACCAGACGUAUGGAUAUCUUUGAAGCUGCUAUCACCCAGUCUGAUGAUGUUGCGGGAAUGUUGAUAUAUGCCUUUAAAGUGGCCAUGAGCCUUAUCCAGAACAGAGGUUUCCGUAACUCUGUGCUCAGAUCUUUGGUUGGUCUGUACCGUGGAUUGGCCACACCUGAUUAUGUCAGCAUGUGCCAGUGCUUGAUUUUCCUGGAGGACCCAAUGUCAGUUGCAGAGAUUUUGGAUAAAUUAGUUCAAGGAGAAGAAGAAAACCAGUUGAUGGCUUACCAAAUUGCCUUUGACUUGUAUGAGUCUGCAACCCAACAAUUCCUUGGUCAAGUUCUUGAGGCCCUGAGAGAAACAGUACCUAUCCCAGCUUUAUUGGAGAGUAAACUUAAGGCAAAGGUCACAGAAGCUGUAACUGCUGAUGCUACUGACAAGCCGGCAAGUAAGGAAGAAAAGAAAGAUGAGAAAACUUUGGAAUCUCUAAAUCCACAAGAAAAAGAACAUCAGUUGAGAGUUGAGAAGCUGCAUAGUAUUUUGUCUGGAGAGGUUUCUAUUGAAUUACAUUUGCAGUUUUUGAUCAGAUCCAAUCAUGCAGACUUAUUAAUUCUGAAACAAACAAAGGAGGCUAUUAGAGUUAGCAUUUGCCACACAGCUACUGUUAUUGCUAACGGUUAUAUGCACAGUGGAACAACCAGUGAUCAAUUUUUAAGAGAUAAUUUGGAAUGGUUGGCUCGUGCAACUAAUUGGGCCAAACUGACUGCCACAGCCUCUCUUGGUGUUAUCCACAGAGGUCAUGAACAAGAAGCAUUAACCUUGAUGCAAAGUUAUUUACCAAAAGAAGUUGGUCCUAGUUCUGGAUAUUCUGAGGGUGGUGGUUUAUAUGCAUUGGGAUUGAUUCAUGCCAACCAUGGAGGAAAUAUUACUGAUUAUCUUCUUGGCCAAUUGAAGGAUGCCCAAAAUGAAAUGGUCAGACAUGGAGGAUGUCUUGGUCUUGGUUUAGCAUCGAUGGGUACACACCAGCAGCACGUUUACGAACAACUGAAGUUCAACUUAUACCAAGAUGAUGCCGCUACCGGAGAAGCUGCUGGUAUUGCCAUGGGAAUGGUGAUGUUGGGAUCCAAGAACGCAACAGCUAUCGAAGAUAUGGUAUCUUACGCGCAAGAAAGUCAGCACGAAAAGAUCCUACGCGGUUUGGCUGUUGGUAUUGCCUUUACCAUGUACGGAAGACUCGAAGAAGCAGAUCCCUUGAUUGCCCAAUUAACAUCUGACAAGGACCCAAUUUUAAGAAGAUCUGGAAUGUACACCUUGGCUAUGGCAUAUUGCGGAACUGGCCAUAAUCAAGCUAUUCGUAAAUUACUCCAUGUUGCUGUUUCAGAUGUUAAUGACGAUGUACGCAGAGCUGCUGUAACAGCUCUUGGAUUCCUGCUAUUCAGAACACCAGAACAAUGUCCAAGUGUCGUCUCCCUUUUAGCCGAGAGCUACAAUCCGCACGUCCGUUAUGGAGCUGCUAUGGCUUUGGGAAUUGCUUGCGCAGGAACCGGUUUGCGCGAAGCUAUUGCCCUUCUAGAACCAAUGGUAAUGUUCGAUCCAGUUAACUUUGUCAGACAAGGAGCUUUGAUAGCAUCGGCCAUGAUCCUGAUCCAACAAACAGAACAAACAUGCCCGAAAGUUACCUUCUUCCGUCAGUCCUACGCACAGGUAAUCACCAACAAACACGAGGACGUUAUGGCGAAGUUCGGAGCCAUUCUUGCUCAAGGAAUAAUCGAUGCAGGUGGCAGGAAUGUCACAUUGUCCUUGCAAUCACGCACUGGACACACCAACAUGCUUGCAGUCGUGGGAGCAUUGGUCUUCACACAAUAUUGGUAUUGGUUCCCGCUUGCCCACUGCUUGGCAUUAGCUUUCACACCCACCUGCCUGAUUGGACUCAACGCUCAAUUGAAGAUGCCAAAGCUUGAAUACCGAUCGAAUGCUAAAUCCAACGUAUACGGCUACCCAGCUCCCUUGGAAGAGAAGAAACGCGAGGAAAGGGAAAAAGUUACGACUGCAGUGUUGAGCAUCGCAGCCAGACAAAGGAGGAGAGAUCAUGACCGCAAGCAUCGUGACGAAAAGAUGGAUGUCGAUGAAGAUAAAGAAAAGGAAAAGGAAAAAGAAAAGGAGAAGGAAAAAGAGAAAGAAAAGGAGAAAGAGAAGGAAAAGGACGACAAGAAGAGCGAUGAUAAGAAGAAAGAUGACAAGGAUGAGAAGAAAAAGGAACCUGAACUAGGCUACGAGAUAUUGAAUAACCCCGCUCGAGUAAUGAGGCAGCAGUUGAAGGUUGUCAGCAUCGUCGAUGGAAGCCAGUACGUUCCAAUGAAGGAAGUUUCUAUUGGAGGUAUCGUCAUGGUUCGCAAUUUAAAACCUGGAGAGGAAGAGCUGGUAGAACCAGUUGCUGCCUUUGGACCGAAAGCCGACGAUGAGAAGGAACCCGAACCUCCAGAACCGUUCGAAUGGAUGGAAGAUUAAAUAUUUAUUAUUAUUUUUAAUAUAUUUACAUUUAAAUAAUCCGUGAUUUU